AUGCCUUCCAACGCAUACCCGCCGCUGUUCGCCAACACGAAGAAUGAUCAAGGGGCACCUCCAGUCGUCUUGGGCUACAUCGGAGCCAGUAUCACGGUCCUCGUGUCUUUGAUCCGCGUCGGUCUUACGCUCAAGAAGCAGCACGAUCUGAGGCGCGAUGACUAUCUAUUCAUUGCUGGAGCCGUAUGGUCAUCCUCCCCGCUUCACAAGAAGAGAUACACUAACAGAACGAAGCUGCUCGCCGUUGUAACGAGCAUCCUGCUCGAACGAGCGGUCGAUGAGGGAUUGGGACGACAUGCUGCGACUCUGAUGCACUCCCAGCUCGAAGCGUACACGAGACUCACCUAUGCUACCGGCCUGCUCGGAAUUGUGUCUCAAGCUGCGGCAAAGGUCAGCGUUGCCUUCUUGUAUGAACGUCUUGCUCCGCGGCAGGACAAGAAGGGCAUUACGAUUCUGUUAUCCGCGAUCGGCUUCUGGGUCGUCUUCGCAUUCAUCGGCACCGCUUUCUCCUGCGGUGUCCAGGUCGACUGGGACGCAUCAUGCUCCGCCGGCAGUUGGGUUGAGUUCGUGGUCAUUGCGCUCAACUUUGUGACGGAUCUCAUGCUGGCCGUGUGGAUGGUGCCACGGAUCUGGAAGCUGCAGGCCCGUACGAAGGACCGAGUCCUCCCAAUCAUGCUGAUGGGCUCUCGAGUCCUGGUCUGCGCGCUCCAGAUCGGGCAGCUGGGCGUACUUGGGCACCUCCGGGUUAAUCAUCCGUUCCACAGCAACGACGACACCUGGACAGAGGUGACGUACUGGACUAUUACAAUAUCCAUCGUCCAUCUAUCAAUCAUCACAGCCACGAUCCCUCGCAUCAACAGCUUCAUCGCGGACAUUCAGACCCGACAAGCCGGCCUGGCUUUGACGCGGAGCGGUUACGACAGCUACGUGAAGUCCGGCAGCAACGGCCAUGCCUCAAAAGACGGUGGCUCGAGAAACUGGACGCGCAGUAAGAAGCAGGAUUCUCGAGGUGUGCUGCACUCGUUUCGUCCAGAUGCCACGGCUGAGCAGCAUAACAAUUGCACCGGGCGUGGGGAUGAGAUUGAGAUGGACGUGAGGGACAAUGUUGAGACGGGAAGUCAGAGCUCGCUGAAUAGGAACGUGGUGUACCAGAAGACCGACUUCCACUGGGAGGAAGAGUACAUGGGCAGGUCGAAGUACUGA